CCAAUCUCUCUCUAUAUAUGUAGAGAGACAGGUUACAGGUAUAUUAAAGUGUACACAAAUAUAUGAUCGUACCUGGGUGCCGUCGAAGGUUUCUGUUCAAAUUAAACCCAAAAACCACCAAGAAAAUCAGUGCCCCUUACUUUGUCAGAAACACCAUGUCUGAGUCUGAUCAAGACCCAGGUUUCACCAGACCAAGAUUGGUGGCUAAGAAAGUUUUGGCCAAGCUUCAACAUGAGGGUGAUGGUGCUGUUGUUAGGAGAGGCAUCGGAAGGACUGAAUUGAGGCGCUUGGAUCCUUUUCUUAUGUUGGAUGAUUUUUCAGUGUCCCCUCCAGCAGGAUUUCCUGAUCAUCCUCACAGAGGUUUUGAGACUGUUACAUACAUGUUGCAGGGAGGCAUCACUCACCAAGAUUUUGGAGGACAUAAGGGCACAAUCUAUGCUGGAGAGGUGCAGUGGAUGACUGCAGGAAGAGGCAUAAUCCACUCGGAGAUGCCCGCAGGAGAAGGUGUUCAAAGGGGUUUGCAGCUUUGGAUCAAUCUAUCUUCUGCAGAUAAAAUGAUUGAGCCAAGGUAUCAAGAGCUUUCAAGAGAGGACAUAAAACGAGCGGAGAAAGAUGGAGUUGAAGUGAAAGUAAUCGCAGGUGAAUCAAUGGGAGUCAGAUCCCCUGUCUAUACACAAACUCCUACAAUGUAUCUCGAUUUUGCGUUGAAACCGCGAGCACAAAUGCACCAGAGUAUCCAGGAAUCAUGGAACGCAUUUGUGUACAUUAUUGAAGGGGAGGGCGUGUUUGGCAUUCCAAACUCUUCACCUGUAUCGGCUCACCAUGUCCUGGUUUUGAGUCCUGGAGAUGGUCUAAGUGUGUGGAAUAAGUCUUCAAAGCCAUUGAGGUUUGCCCUAGUAGGAGGACAGCCUCUCAAUGAACCAGUGGUUCAGUAUGGACCUUUUGUAAUGAACACUCAGGCUGAAAUCGAUCAGACUAUCGAGGACUACCACCACAGUAAAAACGGGUUUGAAAAGGCCAAGUACUGGAGAUCUCAGUGAGGCAGAAGAAUGUUGAAGCAUCUCAUUUUAAACCAGGAAAAAAAAAACAUUCCAAGUACAACGAUUCAGUAGAAAUAAAGAACAAUACCUCCAUUUACACACAGCAACCAAUGGAGCAAAAGCUUCUAGAAAGAUUCAUCGUGCCAUUAGAUGAGUGACUAUUGUCGUCAUGGGCCAGCCUAUCUCCAUCUCCAUUGAUCACUAUGUUUAAUCCUUUUUAAAGACAAUUUGUGGUACCUAAUGAUUAGGAUUUGAAUUUAUAUUUUUCUUUUCCCUAUUUGAGAUUGUUUUGGUGAUUUUUUUUUUCUUUUUGGUAUUGGGUAUUGAUGUUGGUGGAAAUGGUGGUAGGAUUUCCUUUUCGUGUGAGUUGGAUUCUCAAACUCAUAUCUACUACAUCAACAAAUAAGACCCAUUUUAUCUAGAAGGCAAUUGCUGGA